AAUCGGCGGUGCCAAGCAAGGGGCUUCCGGCGGAGGUUAUGGCAAAAAUUAGAGUUCCUUAGUGAGUACGAUUUGGAUUUCUUUGAAAGAAUUUCAAUUUGUUUGUCGACCAUGGUCUUGGUCACUCAUCUCCGUGCACUAUUCACGUGCGGCAGCCACUAUAUUAGAAAGUAACAGUCACCCUCACAACUGGCAGAGAUCGUAAAAAGUAGUAAGUGUGAAAUUUCGUUGUAAUCGGUAUGAUCCGAUGUUCGUCAAAGCGCUAAAACAAAGGCAUCUUCACCCGUGGAGGUGCUGCCUUUCGCCCGAUAUCCGCACAGGGGAACCUACAGGAACACAAGUUACUCCAAAAUUAUGGAGUCGUUCCUGUUCAGCAUCCUGCUAGCACCAGUGGCACGCCCUCGUCUUCUAGGAGAAGCAACGCGACGAAGCCGCCAAGUAGAGGCUCAACGCGAAAUAACCGCACAAGUCAAAAAAGAUCCUUCGUCUCACAACCGACAUCCCCAGGACAACAGGCUGAAGAGGACGCCGCGUCGUCUCCGAUAGCUGCUCCUGCUCAAAACUAUUAUAACGGACAAGUACCAGAAUACAACAAAGCCGUCGCAGGAGAGCAUGAUAAAUCCUCGUCUUCUGUUAGACGGGUGCAGCACCCUGUACGGAAACUGCCACCAAACGUUUACCACGCGCAAGAGUCUCAGUCGCCUCACUCCGUCGAUGGCGUGUACAACUCGCGGAAAAUUUCUGCCGGCAGUGGUCGUGCUGCAGCAGGCGGAGGUGGUUAUAACCUUCAGUACAACAAGGAGAACAACAACUUGAUACCGAGAGGAGCAUCAUCAAAUGCUGGUGAACACAGACAUCAAAAUCUUUUUCUCUUUGACGGCGGAGGAGCGCAUCCGCCUGACGAAGGAGACGAGGUUGGAGAAGAGAUCUAUCCUUCCGUACAUAGUCCUGACUUAGAACAAAGGAGUGGUGCAAGAAUGAAUAACGGCACUAAGCUGUUGAUUCCCUCUUUUGGCCCUGCCUCUACCAGGUUCGGACGUGAUCGGACGCUCAACUACACCACGCAUCAGACCGACAUCGCAAAAUACCGCCCCUACUCUGCUGAACCGGUGAUCGAUGAACUAAUCGCAGAAAACCACGGAACCAUGAUAACAGACAACCAGCACGGAACAACUAUGGGAAAUUCUGUUUCCUACCCGUCAGCAGACUCACGAGGAUCGGUAAUGAGUCGUCCGAGAGCACAGUCUGAAGACGGUGUUGCUCGAGCUGGUGCAGACGAAGAAAUCCUAGCCAUGCAUUCUGACGGAAAAAUCGCCUUAGCUUCGCGGCAUCGCGCGUACUCCGACCUUCCGCCGGUGAGCGGCAUUGAACCCGAUGCUGACAUGAUACAGCUCAUCAAAGCACGUGAAGACGCUCGAUCACAACAACUCAGUGGAGUAGCAGAAGAAACAACGGCUGGGACUAGGACGCUGCCUGGUGCAGUUAGCAAGACUACGCUGUCAAAGCGGAAAGUCGUGCAGCUGCAGGUCGGAAAUAUCAGGCCCCUGGGGAUGAAUAUGGGAGCUCGCGGGACGACCAUUGCAACAACAGUCACAAACGUAGUGCCGACUUCUUCGGCUCAACAAAACAUAGGCCAACGCCAAACGGCGUUUCCGUCAUCAUCAUCUAGUCUGAAAAACGCUGAGCAAAUUCCAGGUGAUGUUGUUGCGAAUGCAGGUGGUCGUGGCUUCUGCGGAUCUUGGCCGGAAAGCAAGUCAAGGGUGCCUGAGAAUCAAGAACGCGUUUUGCAGUCCAUCAAUGACGUCGAGAUCAACGCGGGGAAAGCUCCAGCAGUCGCGAGUAAUCGCGUCGGCGUCCAGGACCUUCUUGCGCAAGGUCCAGUCACCCGCGUUCUACGAGUUUCCGAACAGCCACCGCCGCCAGCAGCAGGUAGCAAGUUGCAUAGUCUCGAAUGCUUCUAGGUCAGGGGCAACUCGAACACAAUGCGAAUAUGGGUACAAUCUGAAUACGGGUGAAACAGAAUCGGACAUAUUUAUCAGGUAUCGUAGUUUUAUAACAAGAAGUGGCUACUUACUUUGAAAGUCUUGCUCUGAUACUCAGGCGCAGGCGUGAUCGCGAUUAGACCUGCAAGCGCGAGGCCGCCACCACCGAACCCGAAAAUGGAAAUCAAACUUCCCCCUACCCCUAUCGACCAGGCAGCAGCACACUUAGGACCGCAGACUAAAUACAGUCGCCUGUACUCCGCACCCGUCAAGCGUCCCCCGCCGUCGCUAAAACCGGAGGAGUGCGUGCUCGAACGAGAAGUGCCAAAACCAACAUUCGAAACGAGAAUGCCAGUCGAUAAAAGUUCUCUUAUUUGUUGAAUCUAUGUAUCGACUAUUCAAGAAAGAGGAGAACAAGAUGUAAAUAAUUACAUCAUGUAUUCCACUUACUUAUGUAUUCAAGAAAGAGGAGAUAGAGCUGUAAUACGAAUUUGAAUAACUUACUACUAAAGAAUAUUUGUUGAAUACAUUUACAUUCAUAGGAUAGUCUUGUUGUACUGUUUCCUGAACAAUGAUCAUCUCAUGAACUCACUAUCUAACCCACUUUCAGAGAAGCUGAUCGAGCUGCAGCAAGCAGCACUAGCAGGAGACAAACGACUCGUGAAGGCUUACUGCAUUACAAGCAAGAAGUAUUUACACUACACGGAUGAAGACGGUUUCACGCCACUGUUUUACUUAUGAACAAGAGUGCGGCUGCAUGUGAGAAUGAAUUAUACCAGAGUAGUUUAUAGCACGCAUGGUGCAUGGAGUAGCAUGGAGCGCAGAUCCAUAAGGGGCGCAAGAAGCGCCCCCUUUAGCUCCAUGCAAAUUCAUGCGAUCCAUGCACUCCAUGGUAUGCGAGCCGGCAAAGGAUAUCGAUUGCUCUGCUAUGCGGGUCUUUUUUGCCAUCCGUGUGUGACUUUAACACGGAGGACUUGAUGUCUAUGGAUGUUUUUGCUUGGUCCGUCCUGGCACAACCUAGCUACCAUUGAGGGUCAAUCAUUUUCUCUAAUCCAUGCCGCCAUCGGGGGCUCGGGCGAGUGUUUUCGGGCAAUGCUGUACGCAGGUGCAGAUCCAGAAUGGACGGGGCGCGGUAAGUGGACCGCAGCACACGCCGCUGCCGCAAACGAACAGACAGACGUUAUGGCGGUGAUAAGGAAAGAGUGCCCCCAUCUCCUUACGGAUUUCGAGGAUGAUAAAGGCUGGACGCCCAUCGAAUGGCUCAAAAUCAUUGUCAAAAAGACGAACAAGGUACGAUGUCUACCUUGAUCUUUUUCACUUUCUGUAUCCUCGCGUGAAGUUUUCCUACGUACUGUCUGUAGCAGAAUCGAAAAAAACAUGAUCAUUUACAAAGUGAUAUUAUGUAAUCAUGGACGAUAAUAUUGAUUUUGUUCCCAACGACUUGUCAUUUCUUCCACCACACCAGGGGCCCACUGUUGGGCGCCAGAGCAUGAGCAAUCGCGCUAGAUUUUUGAAGCCUGAACAGCCGGAGAUAGCACGUUUCCACCAUCCGCUUGCUCAUCACGAUGAAAAACUGAUGAUGGGACGGAGCGCCUGUCGGGGAAGAAGCGCGCAUCCUGGCCUCAACGAUUGGAGGAAGUAGUAGAGGCACCGGUGAGAGGAAGUGAUGAUGCAAAGUGAUGCAUCGAAGUCCAAACAUCAAGUUGAGUGAAAAAGUGCUUCGCCCUGAGUCAAUUUGCAAUUGCAUCAAGGGCUUUUGUGCAGGUUGAGAUUCUUGAUGCCUCAUCGUAUUAUCAUCAUGAUGUGGGAAGAGCCGGGGGCCCUUCUCAACACUCCAAUGAUCUACAGAAGAACACGAGAAGUUGUUAGUAGCUUUGGAUUGAAAUUCUUCUCUUCUCGUUUUUCGUUCACUUCAUACCCAACAGUUUGGUUUUCUUGCUUCCGUUUUCUGAACAUUGGUUGACCGUUUCCGUUUUUCUUGCGAUUAUUUGACUUAGAGGUCAUGCCAUUGCCAAGUUACUCGCGCGCAUGCCCAUUACGAAUUCCGCCAGCGCGGCAUUAUCC